AUGAGUGCAGCCGCGAAAAGUGCCAUUUACACGUCAGCAGCAGGGGAUUGGUCGCCUGCUGUUGUGAAUUGUCCACGUGGUGAGCAACCACGUGCGACAGGUACAUCCGUUUCGACUGCAGCGGGUAAUAUGAGUCGUAAUCAAGAUGAAUCUGUGAUAGAGCUUAUUCAUUCCGGCGAGUCGAAUGAUGCAUCCGACUCCAAGGCGACGCCUCGCGCCUCCGGAUCACCCGGGGCGAACUCUGCAAGAUCCAUGUUGACUGGCUCUGGUCAUCGUGGCGGUGUCAUGUCUAAGACCUUCGGAUCGAGCGAUGGUUCCGAAGAAUCUCCGCCUCACGCAAGUCCAUCCAACGAUAGACGCGUGGGGGUGGCGUUGAUGCACCUAUACAUCACCACGAGCGAAGUAACUCGAGAGAUCGAGGUGUCACUGGUGUCAGUGCUCGUGCUGGCACCAAUAAAGAGGCCAGGGACCGAAAUGUCCUGCGCCACGAUCCUUAAGUGGAGUCUACUUGGAUGCCUUCAUCCAGACAGUUAA